AUGGAGGCCCGGUGCCUGGUGGCUCGGCUGAAGGCGAGCGCCGGGGCCAAGAUGUUGAAGCCAGGGCUGCUGCUCCACCAGAAAGCCAUCUCUCUGGGUCUGCAGGGGGACCCCGCCGUCUGCAAGGGCCUCGUCAACCUCUACCUCGCCUGCAAUCUGCCGGUCCCCGCGCGGCUGGUCUUCGCCGCCGCCGGUGACCCGGCGGACAUCACCCUCUGGAACGCCCUCCUGGCGGGGCACUCCAGGAGCCGCCUCCACCGCGACGCCCUCCUCCUCUUCCGCCGCCUCCGGCAGUCCAAGCUGGCCCGCGCCGACGGGUACACCUUCCCGAGCGUCCUUAAGGCCUGCGCGGGGCUGGGCAGCGACAAGGAGGGGAGGGAGCUCCACGCCCUGGUGGUGAAGUCUGGCUGCGCGGCCGACGCCGUGGUGGCGAGCUCCCUGGUGGGCAUGUACGCCAAGUGCGGCCUGUUCGAUGCCGCCAUCCGCGUGUUCGACGAAAUGCCCCAGAGAGACGUGCCAUCUUGGAACACGGUGAUCUCCUGCUAUUACCAGGAUGGGCAGGCUUCCAAGACCCUGGAGGUGUUCGAACGGAUGAAGAGCAGCGGCUUCGAGCCCGACGCGGUCACAUUCACGACCGCCCUCUCGGCCUGCGCGCGGCUGCCGGCACCGGAGACGGGGAGGCAGAUACACGAGGACCUGACGAGGCGCGGGGUCCCGGUGGACGACUUCGUCGGCACCGCCCUCGUUGACAUGUACGGCAAGUGCGGGCGCCUGGAGAGCGCCAGAGAUGUCUUCGAGCGGAUCCCCGCGAAGGGCGUGGUCGCCUGGAACUCCAUGAUCGGCGCAUACGCCGCCGCCGCUGGCGGGGACAGCGAGACACCCGUGGCGCUGUUGGAGAGGAUGGAGAGGGAGAGAGUGAGGCCCACGGAGACCACCCUGAGCACCCUCCUCACGGUGUGCUCUCGGUCCUCCGACCUGCGGCGGGGGAGGUUCCUCCACGGGUACCUAGUGAGGCGGGAGGUGGAAGCAGACGUCUUCGUCCAGAGCUCCCUCAUCGACCUCUACUUCAGAUGCGGCCGCGUGGGAUGCGCACAGCGGGUGUUCGGGGGCGUCUCCCGAGUGGAGAAGAAGAAGAAGACGGUGCUGUGGAAUGUGGUGAUCUCGGGGCACGCCAUGGCGGGGGAGUUCUUCAAGGCUGUGGAGGUUUUCCGCGCGAUGAGGUCUCUGGAGGUGAGGCCCGACGCCGUCACCUUCGCCAGCGUGCUGCCGGCAUGCUCGCAGCUGGCGGCGCUUGAACAGGGUAGAGAGAUCCACGGCGCCGCUGUCGAAGCCGGGCUCGGAUCGAACGAGAUCGUCAUGAGCGCGGUGCUGGACAUGUACGCCAAGUGCGGCGCAGUGGAAGAGGCGCGCAGGGUGUUCGACGGUUUGCCCGCGAGGGACCUCGUCUCCUGGACCUCCAUGAUCGCGGCGUAUGGCUCCCAUGGCCGGGCGAGGGAGGCCGUGGAGCUCUUCCGAGAGAUGGAGAGCUCAGAGGCGGCGGCGCCCGAUCGCGUCUGCUUCCUUGCCGUGAUCUCCGCUUGCAGCCACGGGGGGCUCGUCGAGGAAGGCUGCCGUCUUUUCGACGAGAUGAAGAAGGGGCAUCGGAUUGAGCCGGGCGUAGAGCACUACUCCUGCCUGGUUGAUCUCCUGGGGCGCUCCGGGAGGGUCGAGGAAGCCUUGGAGCUGCUCCAGGAGAGGCCUGCCAUGAAGGCGGACGCGGGGAUCCUGGGGUCUCUGUUCUCGGCGUGCCGCCUGCACAGGAAUCUCGCCGUCGGCGACGAGGUCGCCGGGCUCCUCGCCGGGACGGAUCCGGACGAGCACGAUUCAAAUCUCGUAAUCCUCUCGAAUAUGUACGCCUCCGCCGGGAGAUGGGAGGAGGUGCGGAGGGCGAGAGGGAGGAUGAAGGAGCAGAGGUUGAAGAAGACCCCCGGCUGCAGCUGGAUCGAGAUUGACGGGAGGAUCCACCAGUUCUUCGUGGAGGACUGCUCCCAUCUCAUGGCGGAGGGGAUCUACCGGUGCCUGGCCACCCUCAUGACCCACAUGGGGAGGAGUAAACUGCGCAUGUCUCAGGGGAGGAGGGAUCCGAACAAGAUCGAAUUUGUACACAAAGAUUAA